AUGGCUGAAACAGCAUACAAUACUUUCAUCCUGCCUAAGGGCCUUGUUUCUUUCAUCAUGCCUAAAGCUGAAACAGACCUGUGGAUGAAACAGACAGGGACUGAGUUCCUAGAGUUUUCUGAAGUCUCAUCACAAUCAGGAACAUAUGCCAUCGUUACAGAGUUGAUGUGUUGCUUUGAACAGUUCUGCAUCAACUUUGCAAAUGAAAAACUUCAGCAACACUUUAAUGAGCAUGUAUUCAAGAUGGAACAGGAGGAGUACAAAAGCGAGGAAAUUAAUUGGAGCUACAUUGAGUUCAUUGACAAUCAGGAUGUGCUGGAUUUGAUUGAAAAGUACGUGAUGGUUGUUCUCAAGGGUUCGGUGCCUAUGGCAUUUGGAGGUACCCAGGAGCCCACAGCUUACGGUGAGCUGGUUUCCAUUGGAGUCCUGAACCUUGAUGUGAAUAAGAAGCUGAGUGCUGGCAUUGCUUCUAUCCUGGAGUCAAAGUUGUCCGUACCCAAGUCGCGCAUCUACCUCAAGUUCUAUGACUCAAAGGUAAGCAGCCACUUGUACUUGGUCACCUUAUGUAGUUUGGCUGUGGCAUGA